AUUCAGCUUUUCAAAUUAGAAGACAACAGGAUUUUGUAAAAAUCUAGAAACUGAGAGGCAAUGGAAGGAAGAAUUUCGAAUGCGUGGCGGUUGACAGUGAACGAUAAGAAUUUCAUCAAAACUGCUCUGCUUUCUGAAAUUCGAAUCGAUGGCCGAAAGCCCUUCGAAUACCGUAAGAUUUCAAUCAAGUUUGACAGAGGGGAUGGAUCAUCAGAGGUGCAGCUAGGCCAGACUCGUGUUAUGGGCAUUGUUACUGCUCAAUUGGUUCAGCCUUAUAAAGAUCGGCCUAAGGAAGGGACGCUUUCAAUCUUCACAGAAUUUUCUCCAAUGGCUGAUCCUUCGUUUGAGCCAGGUCGUCCUGGAGAAUUGGCUGUGGAGUUGGGACGUAUAAUUGAUCGUGGUCUAAGGGAAAGCAGGGCUGUGGAUACCGAAUCACUGUGUAUUCUAGCUGGCAAGUUUGUGUGGGCUAUUCGGAUUGAUCUCCACAUUCUAGACAAUGGAGGAAACCUUGUUGAUGCCGCUAAUAUUGCUGCUUUGGCUGCUUUGCUGACAUUCCGGAGGCCUGAAUGCUCAUUAGGAGGAGAAGAUGGUCAGGAAGUAAUUGUACAUCCACCCGAGAUAAGGGAGCCUCUUCCUUUGACAGUGCAUCAUCUUCCAAUUGCAAUAACCUUCGGAUUUUUUGGUAACGAGGGCAUCUUGCUAAUAGAUCCAACUCACAAUGAGGAAGCUGUUAUGGGCGGAAGAAUGACUAUGACAGUUAAUGCAAAUGGUGAUAUUUGUGCAAUUCAAAAAGGCGGUGGAGAAGGUGUCCCUCAAAGAGUUAUCAUGAAAUGCUUGCAACUUGCUACAUCGAAGGCUGCGAGUAUAACAAAGCAAAUAAAAGACGCAGUUGAAGCAUUCACAGAAAGAGCAUUAAGAAAGAUCAAGCGCCACCCUACAUCUACUGAUGUUGAUGUUAAAGAGAAACAAAACCAGUAGUAACCUGGUCACCAUCUAAGCAAGUAUUACGAAGAAUCAAGGGAAAACUUAUAGAUGCAGCCAUUGAAGAUCCUAAUUAAUUACUUCUCUCGUGUAAUUUUACUGUUUUAAUAUUCAGAUCUUAAGAUUUUUCCGCA